UCUUACUUCUUUAUUCCUGAUGCCACUAUCUAUUAAUCAUGAUAAUUGUACGUCCUUCACUGAUACCAAAAGUUUCUCCAUAUCCUCCAUCGAUAUAGAGAAAAAACAAAGCAUCAACCAUCCUCAAUUGAAUAUCGAAUAUCCUACGGAUCCAGAAUCGCCAACGAAGAAAGGUUUUUAUAUGGAAUAUAUUUCUGGCUUUACUGACGCUGAUGAGCGCAGAUAUAGAUGAUGUCUCUAGCAAUGGAGAACGUACAAUUGCAGAAAGAUGCGAUCGCCGAAAAUUGCUCGUUGUGUUGGCUGCGUUUUUGAUUCAGGUGACUGGCUUGGGGACGAUCACUAGUGUAAUGCAAGAUUAUUACGAGCAACACAGAUUUGGCACAGAUCCGGCCACUGUAAUCUAUCUCAGCUUUGUUGGAUCUAUCGCAAAUUUCGUUUUGAAUCUCUUGGGGAUCUUUGUCCAGAUUCUCAUCUCAUACACUGGGCUGCGCUCUGGUAUUUUCAUUGCAGGCAUCUUAUGUACGGGUGGUUUGGAAUUGGCCAGCUUGAGCACCGAAAUAUGGCAUUUGUAUCUUACGCAAGGCGUCCUCUUCGGUGCCGGUUGUUCCAUUAUCUUUUACGUUGGCAUGAGCAGCGUAUCUGAAUGGUUUGAUAAGCGCCGAGGGGUUGCCUUAGGAAUCGUCUCCAGUGGCGCCUGUGUUGGCGGGCUGUUGAUUCCUUUCCUCAUGUCAGCUUUAAAUCGAUCCCUCGGUUCAGGAUGGUGUUACCGCAUCAUGGGAUACAUGAGUUUCGUCGUGUGUGUCAUCUCCUGUUUGCUAUUCAAAGAAAAAGAAGAAUACCUUGAACGGAAACAGGAGCGCAAGACGAUCAGGGGAAUCAUCAAGACCAGUAUAUUGAAGGAUGCAAAAUUUGCGCUUUGGUGCACUGCUGACAUCCUGAUGGAGAUGGGUUACUACGUACCAUAUUUUUUCCUGCCAUCCUAUGCAACCUAUCUCGGAUUGUCUGACUCGUACGGUUCAGCACUUAUUUCUAUCGCGUCGGCAACAAAUUCGAUGGGCCGGAUCCUGGCAGGAUGGACCGCGGACAAGAUCGGCCACUUAAAUACUGUUAUCAUCACAGGCUUCGUCAGUGGAAUGAGUGCGCUAUUACUCUGGACUAUGGCGCACGAUUUCACGAUCCUUUGCAUAUUCGCUGCUGUUUUUGGCUUUUUCGGAGGCGUUUUUAUUGCCCUUGGUCCUUCUAUCACUAUGAUCGUCUCGGGCACUGAGAACUUUGCAUCAGCUUAUUCACUAUUUCUUCUGAUUACAGUGAUAUCCAUGUUCGGUCCGAACAUUGCAGGAGCCAUGGAAGCUGCCAUAGCAUCUACUGCUUUCAAUACCUACAAAAUAUUCACGGGCGUAGCUUAUUUAAGUGGAACACUUCUUCUGGUUUUUCUAAAAUUAACAACAACAUCUGGCAAAGUGUUGGCAAAGAUUUGACAUUCCUCACCACGUAGUCAACGGU